GUCUUUCUUAAAAAUCAAGACAACCAAGAUGCGGUCUAUUAUAUCCAUUUCACCCUUUCUUUUCUCUGUUGUGCAGGCCCUGCCAGCUGCGACAUCUUCUACCAUCCCACCAAGCUCUAGCACCGUGCCAACAGCAAGUGCACCCGGCAAUCCAUUCACUGGAUACCAGCUUUAUGUGAACCCAUUUUAUGCAUCUGAGGUUUCCGAAGCGAUUCCAUCCAUGACAGGGUCUCUGGCUGAAAAGGCAAGCGCUGCGGCAGAGGUGCCUUCAUUCUUUUGGAUGGAUACCGCUGAUAAAGUACCGACAAUGGGUGAAUAUUUGAAGGACAUCAAGUCGAAGAAUGAAGCAGGCGCAAGCCCCCCAAUUGCUGGGACUUUUGUGGUCUAUGACUUGCCUGACCGUGACUGUGCCGCCCUGGCAAGCAAUGGAGAGCUCGCCAUUGAUGAUGGUGGUGUCGAGAAGUACAAAGCGUACAUCGAUUCCAUUCGCGAACAGCUGUCGAAAUACUCGGAUGUUCACACUAUCCUGGUUGUUGAGCCCGAUAGUUUGGCGAAUCUGGUCACCAACCUGGAUGUAGAGAAGUGUGCCAAUGCCAAAGAUGCAUAUCUUGAGUGCACCAACUAUGCUCUGACCCAGUUGGACCUCCCGAACGUUUCCAUGUAUCUUGACGCAGGACAUGCUGGAUGGUUAGGCUGGCCUGCAAACCUCAGCCCAGCGGCUGAGCUUUAUGCUUCGGUAUACAAGAAUGCCUCUUCACCAGCCGCUGUCCGUGGCCUGGCAACCAAUGUGGCAAAUUACAACGCCUGGUCAAUUGAUACAUGCCCGUCUUACGCCCAGGGCAACGAGAACUGUGAUGAGAAGAAAUAUGUCAAUGCACUGGGCCCCAUGCUGGCUGAUGCCGGCUUCGCAGCGCACUUUAUCAUGGAUACUUCUCGAAGUGGAGUCCAGCCCACCCAGCAGCAGCAAUGGGGAGACUGGUGCAAUGUGAAAGGAACUGGCUUCGGUGCGCGACCGACUUCAGAGACAGGAGACGAGCUACAGGAUGCGUUUGUAUGGGUCAAGCCAGGCGGUGAAAGCGAUGGGACAUCAGACACCUCUGCGACUCGCUAUGAUGCACACUGUGGGUAUGAUGACGCCUUGAAGCCUGCUCCAGAGGCUGGUUCUUGGUUUCAGGCAUAUUUCGAGCAACUGCUCAGUAACGCCAAACCAGCUUUUUAG